CCCUGUGGGAGGGGAGACACAGAGCUGUGUCUCGGGCUUUAGCAAUUGAGGCACAUUCCCAUCGUGGGUCAGCAACCAGCCCUGGCAACUGGAGUAGAUCGAAGCUUCUAGAGCACAGGGAGAAAGAAAUCCAUGACCAGUCGGCGCAGCAUGUCGGUCAGCGUCCACGAGACCCGCAAGUCGCGGGGCAGCACAGGCUCCAUGAACAUCACACUCUUCCACAAGGCCUCGCACCCCGACUGCGUGCUGGCCCACCUCAACACGCUGCGCAAGCACUGCAUGUUCACGGACGUCACGCUCUGGGCCGGCGACCGCGCCUUCCCCUGCCACCGCGCCGUGCUGGCCGCCUCCAGCCGCUACUUCGAGGCCAUGUUCAGCCACGGGCUGCGGGAGAGCAGAGACGACACGGUCAACUUCCAGGACAACCUGCACCCCGAGGUGCUGGAGCUGCUGCUGGACUUCGCCUACUCGUCCCGCAUCGUCAUCAACGAGGAGAACGCCGAGUCGCUGCUGGAGGCGGGCGACAUGCUGCAGUUCCACGACGUGCGCGACGCGGCCGCCGAGUUCCUGGAGAAGAACCUGUUCCCGUCCAACUGCCUGGGCAUGAUGCUGCUGUCGGACGCCCACCAGUGCCGCCGGCUCUACGAGUUCUCGUGGCGCAUGUGCCUGGUGCACUUUGAGGCCGUGCGGCAGAGCGAGGACUUCAACAGCCUGUCCAAGGACACCCUGCUGGACCUCAUCUCGAGCGACGAGCUGGAGGCGGAGGACGAGCGUGUGGUCUUCGAGGCCAUCCUGCAGUGGGUCAGGCACGACCUGGAGCAGCGCAAGGCCCACCUGCCCGAGCUCCUGCGCGGCGUGCGGCUGGCCCUGCUGCCGUCUGACUGCCUGAAGGAGGCCGUGUCCGGCGAGGCCCUGCUCAUGGCCGACGAGCGCACGCGGCUCAUCGUGGACGAGGCUCUGCGCUGCAAGGCCCGCAUCCUGCAGAACGACGGCGUGGUCACCAGCCCCUGCGCCCGGCCGCGCAGGGCCGGCCACACGCUGCUCAUCCUCGGGGGCCAGACCUUCAUGUGCGACAAGAUCUACCAGGUGGACCACAAGGCCAAGGAGAUCAUCCCCAAGGCAGACCUGCCCAGCCCCCGCAAGGAAUUCAGCGCCUCGGCCAUCGGCUGCAAGGUCUACGUGACCGGGGGCCGGGGCUCCGAGAACGGGGUCUCCAAGGACGUGUGGGUGUACAACACCAUCCACGAGGAGUGGUCCAAGGCGGCGCCCAUGCUCAUCGCCCGCUUCGGCCACGGCUCGGCCGAGCUGGAGAACUGCCUGUACGUGGUCGGGGGGCACACGUCCCUGGCCGGCGUCUUCCCAGCCUCGCCGUCCGUCUCCCUGAAGCAGGUGGAGAAGUACGACCCCGGGGCGAACAAGUGGACGAUGGUGGCCCCGCUGAGGGAUGGCGUCAGCAACGCCGCGGUCGUGAGCGCCAAGCUGAAGCUCUUUGUUUUCGGGGGAGCCAGCAUCCACCGGGACAUGGUGUCCAAAGUGCAGUGCUACGACCCCGCGGAGAACCGGUGGACCAUCAAGGCCGAGUGUCCCCAGCCUUGGCGCUACACCGCCGCCGCCGUGCUGGGCAGCCAGAUCUUCAUCAUGGGAGGCGACACGGAGUUCACGGCCGCCUCGGCCUACCGCUUCGACUGCGAGACCAACCAGUGGACGCGGAUCGGGGACAUGACCGCCAAGCGCAUGUCCUGCCACGCCCUGGCCUCGGGCAACAAGCUCUACGUGGUGGGGGGCUACUUCGGGACCCAGCGCUGUAAGACCCUGGACUGCUACGACCCCACCUCGGACACGUGGAACUGCAUCACCACCGUGCCCUACUCCCUCAUCCCCACGGCCUUCGUCAGCACCUGGAAGCACCUGCCCGCGUGAGGCGCGCUUGCAGAGCCCAGCCAGACGCUGUGUGUUUCCCCCACCCCACGGCUGCAGCCCUCACUGUUGCACGGUGGCCUUGAUCCUGUCGCCACAGCGGGAAUCUCAGCCCAGCCCCAGGCCAGCACUCUGAGCAGCCAGAAGCCAGCCCCACAAGCUCUGGGAGCAGCGGCCUCCGGGGCUGCUCUGAGCUUCAGAGGAGAAAAGCUGUCUCCAGCUCCCUGUGUUUCUGGCCGAGGCCUUUCCUGCUUUGCAGCGGUUUGUGGGGGAGAGGACCUUCCAGGAGGCGUGGAUAGAGGUCAGGACUCCCUUGGCCUCGGGAGGGCGGACACAUUUGCAGAGCCUUGAGGUUGCCUGUUUCAACAAGUCCUGGAUUGGGGGUGGGGGCGGGGGGUGUGUCCCUGAAGGGGUUGGCGGUGGCAGCACUGACAGCACAGCCUUUGGCUCAGGGCUUCCCUGUUGAUAUUGUAAAGACUCCCCACAGAUGAUGUCCCAGGCCUCUGGGAAAGGGGUGCCUCAGGGCUGAGAGCAGAAUGUGCUAUGGAGAAAGUCAGCACAUUAAGGGAGGGAACCCUUCAGUGAUGCCCACCAGACUCCAUUAGCAAGACACCCAGACCUCCAGGGUUCAUAGGCCCCUCUCCAGAGUUGGGCCUUGCCCCCAGUAACCUCCACCUCCUGGUCAGGCCAGCUCUGCCCCAGGAUGCUGUGCCCAGGUGCAGACACAGAUGUGCCUGGGGACCCCAGGUGGCACAUGCUGUUAGGCAAGGGGAUGCCCUUGGGGCCACCCCACCACCUCCCCUCAGAGCCCAGCCCAGAAGGCAGCAAUGACCCCAUCUCCUGACAGGAGCACAGUCGCCCUAGAAUGUGGCCCGACCCUCCAAGACCAGGAGCAGUUAUGAGCUGGGGACCACAGAGGGACUCCAGGAUGCCCACUAUAGAUCCCACCCUGGCUGGACACAUCUCAACUUGGAGGAUGACAACAAGGCCCAUGACACCAGCCACCCAACCAGUGCCCGCUGUCCUCUGACAUCUUGACCUUCCAGCUGGUAAUGAGAUCUGGCCCAUUUGCCCCCUGAGCUCAAAGAGUAAGAAUGGGCCCAAGAAAACUGCCAACGUUUGUUCAUUUUUUCCACCUCCUAAGUCAUUGGGUACCUCAUGGGUACAACCUCAGCAUCUGGGGUUCUAGAGAGGUCGGCUUUUGCCAGUGGCCCUCCUCACACCUAGUGAUGGAGUUUCUGGGCUGGUCCUUUGCUUGCCCCAGUGCUCUGCUGGAGGGGAGAGAGCUCUUGGUGCCUGCACCGAAACUGGGGACUUCCCAGGCCACCUUCCAUGUGCACAGUGCUGGCAGACUGGUUCAGGAUUGAGGCUCCCAAGUAGUCUAUUCUAUUUACGGGGCCAGUUGCUUUCUGUAAUUUGGCCCUGCCCCCUUACAGGACCUCUGUGCUGGGACUGGUCCUGUGGGCAUCGCCCAGGGAAUAGGGUCUUUAGGGCUGGGUUCACCCACAGAUGUGCACCAGCCGUAGGCCAUCAGCUGCCACUUGGGAAAAAGCCGAAAGCAGAAGGCACAUCUCCAGGUUCUUUGGACCCCACAGACCCUGCCCGUAUCAGAGGCUGACCUCUUGCUCUCGGUGCUUCAUCUCAGCCACCCAGAAGCCAGGUGGCUGGUUUCAGGAGAUGACUCUACCUGAGAACUUGGGGGAGGUGCUGGGGAAGCAGCAGCCCCAGGUCCAGAGCCCACACUGCCUGGAGGGGCCCCCAUGGCCUGUUGGAUUGCUGAGCUGAGUUCAGCACAGAUCUCACAGCACAAAGGACCUCGCAGUGGUGCUCUCCCCAAAAGUUGUGUUGCUUUUAUCCAUUUCUAACUUAAUAAAAGA